AUGCUUGAAAACAAGAGAGAUAGAUUAAAAACCUUUCUCCGGAAGAUCGACGAAAAGGCCAUCGUCAGGAUCAAGCAUUUCAUGAAAGAAGGCAGCUACACGGUGGAGGGCGGGGGGGCACUGCCGACAAAACUGAAGAAAAGUCGGAGCAGUUUAAGCAACGGCAGCGUCAAGAAAAAAGAAGCUCGGAAAGCCUUAAGUCUGGAAGCGGCUCAGCUCGAGAUCCAGCAGCAGCACAAGACCCUGAGUCGCCAGGGGGCCGUCAGGUCACAGACGUUUGAGGAGGACGGUAAAAGCUUUGAAAGGACUGAAUGCUCUCAAAGUAGCUUCAUCAAGCACAACAAGACAUUCCACAAGUUGUUUCCGGACAUUCCUGAGGGAGAAGAUUUGAUCCAUGCUUACCUCUGUGCGCUGCAGAAAGAAGUCCCCUACCAUGGCAGACUCUACAUCACGGAUAAAAACGUUUGCUUUUACUCCUCCGUCUUGCUCAAGGACACAAAGGUUGUUGUUCCAGCUUCUUCCAUCCACAUCGUGAAGAAGCAAAACACUGCUUUGCUGGUGCCAAAUGCAGUGUCGAUCCGCACAACCGAUGGCGAUAAGUUUCUCUUUGUGUCGCUGCGGAACAGAGAAGGAUGUUAUCAGCUCCUUUGCUCAGUCUGUCCUCAGGUGGAAGAGGGAAGCACAAACAGUAGCCCUCUGUUCUCCUCGGCUGAAACCAGCUUUGAGAAGAGCAGACUUGUGAAUUCCAGCCAGUCGAGUUUGGACGACAGCUUUGAUCUCUUCGAUGGCCCUAACAUCCAGAGCCCUCCCCCGCCGCUCUUCAGACAUCACAGAGAAUCCGUGGAUGAUGCUAAUGUUACGGCUCUUGGAAGCUUGACCACGCAGGAAAGUGACAGCUCCUCUUCCGAAGACCUGUCUGUGUCAGGUGUGUCCUGGAUGUGGAGUGUGACGGAAAAUGCCCGGUCUCUGUUUGUUCAGAGGGAGGCGAGCACUCUCAACACUUUACUGUUCAUUUACUUGAUUUUGGUGGUUUUGCUGCUUUUAUCUUCGGGCUACAUUGGCCUUCGUAUCGUUGCCUUGGAACAACAGCUAACGUCUCUCGGUGCCCUGCCCGAGUUCACUCUCCAGAGCGGGUUUCGUCAGGAGACAUAA